AUGGCCGAUGAAGUCCAGACCUUCAAGGCUCUCAUCACCAUCCACAAGGUCCUGCAAGAAGGCCACCCCGUCGUUCUGAAAGAGGCUCAGGCACAUAUUGGCUGGCUUGAGAGUCUGUCGCGUGGCGUCGCAGGCGGUGACGGCAUGAAGGGUACGCCUGGAUGUGUUUGCACUUGCAGUACAAGACUGACAAUGCUUANNGGAUACGGCUCUCUGAUCUCCGAAUACGUCUACUACUUGAUCGCAAAGCUCAACUUCCACAGAAACCACCCCGAGUUCAAUGAUNACGAGACCAUUUCCGACCUUAUGAACCUCCAAGAUCAGAUUGAGACAUUUCAAAAGCUCGUUUUUGCUAACUUUAGAGGCGGGCUGAACAACGAGUGCAAGAUCUCUUGUCUGGUACCCCUGGUCCAGGAGAGUUACGGUAUCUACAAGUUCAUCACCAGCAUGCUGCGCGCCAUGCAUACCGCUCUUGGAGACGAUGAAGUUCUCGCACCUCUUCGCGGACGUUACGACGCUCAACACUACCGCUUGGUCAAAUUCUACUACGAGUGCUCCAACUUGCGCUACUUGACCAGUCUGAUCACCAUCCCUAAGCUGCCUCAGGAUCCACCAAGCCUUCUCGGCGAUGACGAGGACAAACCAGCCCUCCCCGCUAGGCCGAAGAACGAGCCUGUCACCAAGCCUGCCAAUACUCCUCCACCCCAGCCUUCCGUAGAUCCUGAACCCAUCAACGAAUUCUGGAAGAAUGAGCAAGCACGUCAGCAAGAAGAGUAUGAGGCAGAGCAAAGAAGAUUGCAGGCACAAUGGGAUGAGGCGCAAAGACAACAGCAACAGGCUGCUCUGCAAGCUCAGAGGGACUUUGAGGAACAACAAAGACUACAAGCUGAGCAGCAGAGAUUGGCCCAGGAGCAGUUGAUGCGUGACCAGUACUCGCAACAAACCCAGGGCAGAAUGGCUGAGCUGGAGCGUGAGAACCUGAAUGCGCGCGCACAGUACGAGCGUGACCAGCUUAUGCUUGAACAAUACGACAGACGUAUGAAGGCUCUCGAGGGAGAGUUGCAGCAACUCCAAGUAAAUUUCGGCCAACAGAAUGCUUCCAAGGACGAACAAAUUCGUGCUUUGCAGGAGCAGAUUAACACCUGGAGAACCAAGUACGAGGCUUUGGCAAAGCUGUACUCGCAGCUACGUCACGAGCAUCUUGAACUUUUGCAGAAAUUCAAGGGUGUCCAACUCAAGGCAGCUUCAGCGCAAGAAGCCAUUGACAGACGCGAGAAGCUGGAGAGAGAACUCAAGACCAAGAACUUGGAGCUUGCCGACAUGAUCCGCGAGAGAGACCGUGCUCUCCACGACAAGGAUCGUUCAUCUGGCGGCCACAAGGACGAGCUUGAGAAGCUCAAACGCGAACUACGCUUUGCUCUUGACAAGGCAGAGAAUGCAGAGAGAUCGAAGGGAUCUGAGCUUUCGUCCCUUCUUUCUAGGCACAACAGAGAGAUUGCUGAUCUCGAGGAGGCCUUGCGCAACAAGACUAGAGCUCUUGACGAUGCUCAAAACAAGUACGGCGAGAAAGAUUCUGAUCUUGAGAGACUUCUUCGCGAAAAGGAGGAUGAGCUUGAAAUCUUCAAGGCCGGCAUGGACCAGACACUGUUGGAGUUGAACGAACUCCGCAACGGUCAAGGCGAGACAGACCAAGCUCUUGACGAGCAGAUUGACACUCUGCUUCUUGACAGCGUUCGCAAGAUCACUGACAUCAUUGACUCUGUGCUCCAGAGCGGUGUUCAGCGUGUCGAUGAUGCUCUCUACGAGCUGGACUCUACCAUGCAAGCAGGAAACCAAAGUGCUUCUGGUGCAUAUGUUUUGUCAACUAUUGAGAAGGCCGCGUCAAGCGCCAUGGAGUUCUCAACUGCCUUCAAUAACUUCAUCGCUGAUGGUCCCAACAGCACUCAUGCUGAAGUCAUCCGCACUGUUCACACUUUCUCAAACUCUGUCGCAGAUGUUCUCUCGAACACCAAGGGUCUUACCAGAUUCGCUUCUGAUGAGAAGAAGGCUGAUCAGCUGAUGAAUGCUGCACGCCAGUCUGCUCUCAGCACUGUUAGCUUCUUCCGCUCUAUCCAGAGUUACCGUCUUGACGGUUUGGAUGAUCUGCAAAAGACCGAUGUUGUCAUCAACAAGAACAACGAGGUUCAGAUCAACCUGAACAGCCUGUCUAAGAUUGCUGAUGCAUUCGCUCCUAAGCACAAGCUGACCUCUGCUUCUGGAGAUCUUGGAGAUCUCGUCGACCGCGAGAUGGCCAACGCCGCAAAGGCAAUUGAAGCAGCUACCGAUCGUCUUACUGCUCUGAUGAACAAAUCCAGAGAUGGCUACUCAACUUACGAGCUCAAGAUUCACGAUGCUAUUCUUGGCGCUGCUAUCGCAGUCACUAAUGCUAUCGCAAACUUGAUCAAAGCAGCCACUGCAUCUCAGCAGGAAAUUGUAAAUGAAGGUCGUGGCUCUUCAUUGUCAAAGUCAAGUUUCUAUAAGAAAAACAGUAGAUGGACUGAAGGUCUCAUCUCCGCUGCAAAGGCUGUUGCCAACAGCACGAAUCUGCUCAUCGAGACUGCAGAUGGUGUCAUUGGAGGCCGCAACUCUCCCGAGCAGCUGAUCGUUGCAUCCAACGACGUGGCUGCUUCCACUGCUCAGCUGGUCGCUGCCAGCAGAGUCAAGGCCAGCUUCAUGAGCAAGACUCAAGAGAGACUGGAGGACGCUAGCAAGGCUGUUACUGGCGCAUGCCGCAGUCUCGUUAAGCAAGUCCAAGCCAUCAUCGACGCUCGUGCAAAUGGUGAAGAAGUCAUUGAUUACUCUAAGCUGUCAAAGCACGAGUUCAACAGAUCGUAUANNCACAUGGAGAAGCAAGUCGAGAUUCUCCAGCUCGAGAACGCACUUGGCAGAGCACGAAAAGACUUGGGCGAGAUGCGCAAGCUCGCCUACCAGGAAGACGAGGAAUGA